UCUAAAUUGCCCGUUGUGCCUGAAGAUGAUCUGGCAGCCUGACCAGAAUAACUGGUUAUACAGUGGUGAUCGAAAUUAGAGAACAAGAGACGCUUUUGAUAUAUACAAUGUCACAGCUCAUCUACAGCUUAUGAGAAAGGCACUACAGUUACAAACUAGAAGAAAAUGGAAGACAAGGGGAACAAGCUCAAGUCAGAGCAGCUCCUGCUCUUCGGCUGCGCCUAUUCAGGACAGGUUCUGAGGAAGAUAAAAGAGAACGUGUUCCGGGCACAGAACCAAAAGGCGAAGCAGCAUCUGCUGCAGCAUUCAGCCACCGGGCACCAGCCCACGUAUCGGGUCAAAGAAGGACUCAUCCGCCAGCCACUCGACCAAUUUGACAGCCAGAGCACACAGACCAUUCCUCAGAGGUUUUUUGUCAAUGAGGAGUACUGGGAUCGUCCCGAUGGUCCAGUAUUCCUCUACAUUGGUGGAGAAGGUGCUAUCUCAGAGUUAUCCGUGCUCUAUGGCCAUCAUGUGCAGAUGGCAGAGGAGAAUGGAGCCCUGCUUGUGGCGCUAGAGCACAGAUUCUACGGGCGUAGCAUCAACCCCGACGGCCUGGAUGUAGUGAACCUGAGACACCUCUCCAGCCGUCAGGCUUUGGUGGACCUGGCCGCCUUCCACAGAUACAUCAGCGAACGCUAUGACCUGUCAUCACAGAACACCUGGAUCAGUUUUGGAGGCUCCUACGCUGGUGCCCUGUCUGCCUGGCUUCGUGGCAAGUUUCCUCACCUGAUCUAUGGUGCUGUGGCCUCCUCUGCCCCCGUCAAAGCCAUGCUAGACUUCUCCACCUACAACCAGGUAGUGGGUGAAAGUCUUACUAAUGAAGCUGUUGGGGGCUCUGAUAAGUGCCUAGGCACAGUGUGGGAGGCGUUUGCGGCUCUGGAAACUGCUCUCUUGGAGGGAAACGUGACAAAGGUGGGCAAAGACUUCAGCUGCUGUGAGCCGCCAGUGGAGCCGGAGGACCAGGCAGAGCUGGUUCAGAGCCUGGCCGACAUCUUCAUGGGAACUGUGCAGUACAAUAAAGAGGGAGGGCCGCUGACCAUUGGCCAGAUAUGUGACGUCUUGACCAAUAAGAGUGAAGAGACUCAGCAGGGGGAGGGGCCCUACAGCAGGCUGGUCAACCUGGCAAUGAUCUAUCGUGCAGCAGUGGAGGAGCCCUGUCUGAUCAUCUCCCACAAGCAGGCCGUCCUGGAGCUCCAGAACACCGACCUGAAGUCUUCCGGCUUUGGCUAUCGCCAGUGGUACUACCAGAGCUGCACAGAGUUCGGCUUCUUCGAGACCUGCGAGGAUGCCAGCUGUCCUUUUGCACGCAUGGUGACUCUGCAGUCCCAGAUGGAACUCUGCCCCCUGGUGUUCGGGAUAGCUCAGGGCAGCCUACAGUCCCGCAUCGCUUUCACCAACCAAUUCUAUGGCGGCGAUCACCCCCAGACGCAGAGGGUGCUGUACGUCAAUGGUGACAUCGACCCAUGGCACAAGCUCAGUGUGGUGCGCAACGGGACCAAGGAGGACAAAGACAGAGCCAUCCUCAUCGAGGGCACUGCACACUGCGCUGACAUGAACCGUGCUGGGUCCCAGGACUCACCUGCUCUCAGAAAGGCCCGGCAGGAGAUAAAGAGGCACGUGACCCAGUGGCUGAAGAGUGCUGCAGCACAGAGCGUGUGACGCGUGACACUCCAGCACACGCCAAGCUAGACAGCAAGCUUCUGCUCUCCAACCGCCUAGGAUCCUCAAUCCCAGCUUCUGCCUCAAGGUUUCCUGUGUGUAGGAGUCACACAGAGCUUUUGCUUUUGAAAAUGUAACACUAAUCCCCCACAAAACAGUAUGAGAAUAUGUGUGUGUGUGUGGUUGAGGGGGGUGGGUUGCAUAUAUUACAUUGUUAGAACCAAAUAUCUUCACGGUGUGAUAAAAACCUGUUAUUUUGACAUUGUGGGGACCAUUUUUAUAGAAAUCUGUGACUGUAAUCACUAAAAAUGCCAAAAGUCUUGUAUUUUGUUUGAUUAGUUAUAGUUAAGGUUAGGGCUGGGUAGGGGUUAAGGGUUUUACCCAUAGAAAUUAAUGGACAGUCCCCACAAAGAUAUAGAUACUUAAUCUGUUUGUGUGUGGGUGACUAUUUGGACAGUUAGCACAGCCCAUAAAAUUAAAUUGCUAACAGAAGGUUUUCUCAGUCCCAACAGCAGGUGACAUCCCGGCACAAUUAAGAAUCUCCUGGAGGAUAAUCUGCUGGUCCCUGUAAACCCUGUUUUCACCCAUAUUACAUCAUUUCCUGUAUAGUAACUAUGAAAGACAGAAGGCUGAAUUCCAUCUUUGUUGUACGGGAUGCAUGUAGGCAAGCCGUUAGAAUCGCAUUUGCUAUUUAAGGGUCCAAAGCACGUAGUGCUAUGGAACCUUAUUAUUAUUAUUAUUAUUAUUAUUAUUAUUAUUUUAUUAUUAUUAUUAUGUGUUCAUACACUUCUUACAUAUAAAGUGUCGUUUAGAAUGUGUGUUCUUUCCAUUAGCAUGUAAUCAUGUGAAAAAAGAGGGACAGUGCUGCACAAUACCAAACCCUAACACCCCCCCCUCCCCCCCAAAAAAAAACAUACAGCAUUUCCUUUGCUAGUCUUUAACUUACUGACUCUAACAAGAUUAGGACACCAGUUGUGUGGAAUAUUAGAGGCAGUAGUCAGUGCUUGUGUGGUUUGUAAAGGUAAAAGAAAUGUUCUCAGCAUGCUAUUUUGUGACUGGACAGAUGCACAUUAGGCUUCUUAAUUAGACACAUCGAAACUAAAAUAAUUCAAUUAAGAAAUAAGAUCCAGUUUCAUUGCAGUGCAGUUACUUCCUUUUCCAGAGGGUAGUGCUGUUGUUCAGGACUUGAAAAUUAAGAUAUAGCACUGAAUGAGUAUCAUACUUAUUUUAAAAGUAUGUUGUGUUACUUUUGGCUAGAUUCUGUUUGUGUCUUUUUAAUUGUCUUAAAUUAAGUGCUUUACCAAAACCUUGAAUAAAAUUCACAAAGAGA